AAACCUCUCUAGUGGCAGCUAGUGCAUAGAAAGUAACUUUCGACGUGACCAUAUUGUAAUUUGAAGUAGCUUUGCCAACUAAUUGUCCUACUUUUUGAGCGAAAUACAACCUCGACGAUAAGAAUAUCGCGCGUUUAUCAGUAUUGAUUACGAAGCAGAUUUUCACAUUAUUUUUCCAUUACGUAAAGUUUCGCAUUACUGUGCAACCGCAAUGGCUACUUGGGAUGGUUCGUAUUCGGAAGAUCCGAAUUACUUUGCGUACUCCGAUCAAAACGCACCCAAUGUCGUUGGAAGAAAUUGGCCAUACCUUGGUAGGAACGUCACGCAUCCGCAAGAAGUUUCCGUAGAAAACUACUAUUCAGGAACUAGUGGACAACACAUUUACGAGCAAAACAGAUCUGCUGCUGUUUUACAUCAGGUCGGCACUCAGCAAUUGCCAAUGACAUCAAAUAUGUUGCCUUUGGAGAAUACUUAUCAGGAACAAAUGCUGCCAAAUACCACGCUCAUGGACAAUGUCCAAGUACCAAAUGGUUUGCAAGAUUCCAUUAGUAAUAUUUCGCAUAACAUGCCGCCUUUUUUUCACUACAAUUACAAGUCGAGGUACAAGACUAACAGGGCGACUGGUAAGCAUUUGCAAUCAUCAAAAAGCAAUAGCACUCACUCCAUUGUAGUACAAAAUUCAAAUUUGCAUCCUACAGCUAGUGAGUUUGUGCCAAACAAUGUUAAAUGUAAAAAGGAUAGGUUCAAUAAAAAGAAUGAUCAAAAUGGUGCAAUGGAAAGAAAUAGCUGUAAUGCUGAUGUGGAAAGUUUCAGAUCAAAAUCAUUUAUGAAUACAUCUUUGCCGAACAAUAGAUAUAGGAAUGAAAGGCACUAUGAUAACAGAAAAGGUGUGAAUUAUAAGCAGAAAAACUCGCAAAACGCACAAGUGUCAUCCAGCUUUAGCUACAGAGAUACUCAUAAAAUGUAUAAUGCAAGAAAUAAUAAAUUUCAAAACGGCAAAUAUUACAAUAGAAAACAUCAAUCAAAUGUAUCUUCUGCAGAAGAACAUGCUUUUGGAAAAAAUUUUCUGUCUACAAAUGAACCUUCUCCUUCAUCAAAAUCUAAUAAUCUUGAGAUUGAAAAGGAUGACUUGAGCGCAACAGUUGGCACAAGAAGAGAGGAGAAAACACGUGAAGAAAAUUCACAGAAUGUGCUUUCGACGAAUGAUACACAGCGAAACAGCAAUAAAUUUAAUCGAUUCACUAGUCAUCAUAAAUUUAAUUCGGGUGAUGUACAAUCCGAACCUGGUGCCAAAUAUAAAACAAUGAGGUAUAUGCAAAAAAGAAAUAAUGAAGCAACAAAUCACAAGGAGAAAAGAUUGGAAAAUUGGAGAGAUAAAAUAGAUAAUACCAAAGCAUAUGUACAAGAGAAACGUUUGAAAAAGAAAGCAGAAUUUGAUAACGAUGCCAGUCAAAGAGAAAGAUUAACCGAGCAGUUGAAUAGAGGAACAUUGGAAUGUUUAGUUUGUUACGAGCAUAUCAGGCAAAGCGAACACGUUUGGUCUUGUACUAAUUGUUAUUAUGUAUUACACUUGAAAUGCAUCAAAAGAUGGGCAAAAUCAUCACAAAAUGAUAACAGUUGGAAAUGUCCGGCUUGCCGAGCUAUCAGUUUUCUCGUACCAGAAGAUUACUUCUGUUUCUGCGGAAAGAAAAAGAUGCCAGAAUGGAAUCGUAGGGAUGUCCCGCAUUCAUGCGGCGAAAUUUGCGCUCGGAAUUUGUCCAAGAAUAAUUGCACGCACAAAUGUACUUUGCUCUGCCACCCUGGCUCUUGUCCGCAAUGCGCAGCGAUGGUGACCAAGUACUGCGGCUGUGGAAAAACUUCGAGGAUGCUAUUAUGCAGUGCUGACCAAUUGUUGUGCGAAUCAAUAUGUGGAAAGGAUUUGCCAUGUGGCAAGCACACUUGUCAGAGAAAGUGCCAUCAAGGAGAAUGCGGAUCUUGCGACAAGACUAUGCAACAAACCUGUUUCUGCGGUGAGAACACUCGGGAGGUACUUUGUCGAGCUAAUGUCUCAAAAAUGUAUUCUUGUAACAAUGUCUGUAACAAAAUAUUGGACUGCGGCAAGCAUUAUUGUCAGAAAAUCUGUCAUCUAGAGCCUUGCGAGCCUUGUUUCUUAACGCCAGAGAGAGUUACGAUGUGCUGUUGCGGUCAAACACCGUUAGCCGAAAAGAGAGAAAGUUGUUUGGAUCCCGUGCCGAUCUGUGAUAAGAUCUGCUCAAAGCGCCUAAAAUGCGGCCAGCCUAGUAAUCCGCAUAUUUGUAAAGCGCCAUGCCAUGCAGGAGAAUGUCCGGCUUGUGAUUUAAGUACCGAUGUCAAGUGUCGAUGCGGCAACAUGGAUCGCGAGAUUACUUGCAAGGACUUGAAGAGUAAGGCCGAUGACGCGCGUUGCGAGAAGCGCUGCAAGAAAAAAAGAUCUUGCGGUAAGCAUAAUUGCAAUCAGCUGUGUUGCAUCGAUAUUGAGCACAUUUGCCCAUUACCAUGUUCCAAGACCCUGAGCUGUGGUCGACACAAGUGUCAGGACAGAUGUCAUAUGGGAAGAUGUUUGCCUUGUUGGCAGAGCAGCUUUGACGAAUUAUACUGCGAAUGCGGCGCAGAGGUAAUUUAUCCACCGGUGCCAUGUGGCACAAGAAGGCCCACUUGCAAUCGACCGUGUUCGCGCCAGCAUUCGUGCGAUCACGAGAUACUACACAACUGUCACAGCGAGUCUACAUGUCCACCUUGCAGCGUGUUGACACAAAGAUGGUGUCACGGUAAACAUGAGCUUAGAAAGGCCGUACCAUGUCACGUGAAAGAGAUCUCGUGCGGUCUGCCGUGUAACAAACCGCUGAUAUGCGAACGGCAUAAAUGCAUCGCGAUGUGUCACGCAGGACUCUGCGAAAAACCUGGACAACAAUGCAUACAACCUUGCACGAUAAUGAGGGAGAUGUGCGGGCAUAUUUGUGGCGCUUCGUGUCAUGAAGGCAAGUGUCCAGAUACACCUUGCAAAGAGAUGGUUAAGGUUACAUGCCAAUGCGGACACAGAAGUAUGAGUCGUGUCUGCGCCGAUAACGCUCGGGAGUAUCAAAGAAUAGCGAGCAACAUACUAGCCAGUAAGAUGGCUGAUAUGCAACUCGGUCAUUCCGUCGAUUUGGAGGAAGUAUUCGGGCAAGGUGCAAAAAAACAAAAUCAGCUGAAAACCUUGGAGUGCAAUGAUGAGUGUAAGAUAAUCGAGAGAAACAGAAAACUUGCAUUGGGAUUGCAAAUCGUUAAUCCUGACUUGAGUGGUAAGUUGAUGCCCAGGUACAGCGAUUACAUGAAACAGUGGGCCAAAAAGGAUCCACAAUUUUGUCAAAUGGUUCAUGAAAAACUGACAGAAUUAGUGCAGUUAGCAAAAAUGUCUAAGCAGAGGUCUCGAAGCUAUUCCUUCGAAGUCAUGAAUAGAGAAAAGCGUCAUUUCGUACACGAAUCAUGCGAACACUUUGGUUGCGAAAGUCAAGCAUACGACGAGGAACCAAAGAGAAACGUCGUUGCCACAGCUGUGAAAGAGAAGUGUUGGUUACCCAGUUACAGUUUACUAGAAAUGGUGCAGAGGGAGAAAGGACAAAGAAAGGUACCAGGACCGGUACUUAACACUUCUAAGGAAAAAAAUUCUACAAAGACUGUUCUUUCGUUACCUGUGAAACAAAGUCAACAAUCGAUAUCGUCAUCAACUGCAAGAUCUUCUGACAAAGAAAUCGAUUACUUCGAUUAUCGAGAAUAAAUUAAUAAAUAGUCACUAAUGUGUGAAUCAAAACUGUAUAAUGACGUUCAUGCUGUAUAAACAAGGCUUAUGCGUCUAUGAUUAUAUAACCAUGAAAGAUAUGUAUAACUGAAUGCUUAUAAAAUUGGGUCAUUAAAAUCAAGAAAAUU